AUGUGUCUUCAUUGGAUAUCCAAAUUAAUACAAAGGUUGGAUAUUCUGGGACCCACAACACAGGACUUCGUCUCUGACAGUGCAAUAUUUGUCGAAGAUGAGUUCCCAGGGGGUUAUAAAACGAAGAGACAUGUUCCACAGCCUGUAGAUGACAUAUCACCAUCAUUCUCUCUUGUCCCAUUUGUGCCACACACACCAAACCCUCCAGUCCAGCCAUCUUGUCCACCUCCUGACAAGCCAAUCCGUCUGGAGCAAGGCCAAGGUGAUGAUCAAGACUUACUCCCAGACCUAAACCUCCUUGAUCUCAGCAACUCCGACGAUGACAACGAUGGAAAUGGCAACAAUACCCAAGAGCCACCGAGAGCCACACUAGAUCUCCCUGCUCAGUACAGACAUCUCGCGCCAAACAACAGUGCGGAGUUACCCAGGGAGACCAAGAGGCUCCUUGAGCACUUCGAGAAAUUUCCAGGGAGCCUGCCAGGCAAGCGGCAGACUCGAUCAGCUCACCCAGCAUAUAAUGAGAUCGCAGAUGCUGCACAGUCAACAGAACAAGACACGGCAUAUGUGCUGGUCUCACUGGCUGAUGGCUUCGAGUAUGCCCUCCAAACGUCUGCAAAGCUCGAGCCUAACGCCCUAGCCGAGGCGUUAGAACGUCCCGAUACCUUCCUCAAUGGCGAAAUCGAUGCAGAAGUGUACAUGCAGCCGCCAGAGGGAUUAACAAUACAUGGAGACUCCGACGGGUCACAUCAAUGGGUACUCCGACUGCUAAAAGGUCUAUAUGGCAUCAAACAGGGGCCGCGACUUUGGUCAGUGAAGCUGCACAGAGUACUCUCUGAGAUAGGCUUCGAACGACUCGAAUGCGACCACAGUGUCUUCGUCUACCAACGCGAUGGGGUGCGGAUUAUCAUACCUGUCCAUGUCGACGGCCUCAUCCUUGCUUCCAUGUCUCACUCCGCAAUCCACAAAGUCAAGGAGGAACUCAAGCAAUGCUUCAAAAUCCAUGACCAAGGCCAGACAACCCAGAUACUUGGAAUUCGACUUGAGCGUGAUCGCACAAGUCGCACAAUUGCUCUCUCACAGCCGGCAUACAUACAAAAGCUACUUGAGGACUACAAUAUGACCGACCGUACCCCGUCUCCAACGCGAAUGCCCGAUGGGCUUCGACUCUCAGCAGAAAUGAGUCCAAAAACAGCCGAACAAAAGGAGCGAAUGAAAAGCAUCCCAUACAGAGAGGCCGUAGGCCGUCUCUUAUACCUCUCAAUUGCAACUCGCCCCGACAUCUCAUAUGCUGUUGGUGUUCUGUGUCGAUACAAUUCCAACCCAGGAGAACAGCAUUGGAAUGCUGUCAAGCAUGUCCUCAGAUACCUCAAAGGCUCGCAAGAUCUCAAACUCAUCUGUUCUCCCACCUCUUCCACCGAUUUCUUCACUGCCCACAGCGAUGCCGACCUGAGUGGAAACCCAGAUAACUCGCGAUCCACUGGUGGAUAUGUCCUCUCAGUUGGCUCAGGAGCUGUCAUGUGGGGUAAUCCACUACAAAGACAUGUCUCGCUCUCAUCCACAGAGUCUGAAUACACAACAGCAUCUGCUGCGGGAUGCGAGAUAAUGUGGAUGCGCCAGUUUCUCGAGGAAAUCGGCUAUGACAUCUCUAUACCAUCCCCUCUUUACCUCGACAGUCCAUCAGCCAUCCAAGUGGUCAAAAAUCCCGAACACCAGACAACCAUGAAGCACGUUCACCGUGCAUACAACUGGAUUCGCGAACGCGUUGAGAAUGGGGAACUCUGUGCACAGCAUGUUCCGACCUCUGAAAAUGUCGCUGAUAUCUUCAUCAAACCCCUUGGUCGCAUCAAGUUUGAAUACCUUCGAGGUAAACUUGGUCUCUCAUGA